GGCAUUGAGUAUUAGUCUUGGAAUUAUAAGAUGAAGUUUAGAAUAUUUUUCGCUAUUUUGCUCUGGUUCUUUAUCAAACUUGAAGGCUCACCAUCCAAAACAAUUGAUUAUAAUGAUUGUCGUUUCAUCGACAACACCACAGCAUCGGUUGAAUUAUUCUGUGGUCGUGCUAAUUUUAAGCAUUCAAACAACGAUUGUUAUUCAAUAUUUUUGAAUUCUUCUUCGAUGGCGAUCGAUCGGCCCAAAGUGGAUCUAUUGAAAUUUGAUAAAUGUGGACCGGAUUCAAGAAUUAUCAACAUUUCUUCCAGUUUUUUGAAGCGGUUCCCAAAGUUACGUGUUAUUAAUCUAUCAAAUCUAUCGAUCAAUACAUUACAAUUGAAUUGUAUGGAUUCGAACAAUGGCUUGGAAACAAUCAAUGAUUUGAUCAUUUCUCGAAAUGACUUGGUAGAAGUGCCAAAAUCAACAUUCAACCUCAUGCCUAAUUUGACGACAGUUAAUUUCUCUCACAACAAAAUCAAAAUGAUUUUUUCGAAACAUUUCGCCGGAGCCAUCCAACUGACGAUGAUUAAUUUAUCGAAUAAUAUUGUGAGCAUUUUAUCUGGCGAGGCAUUUUCGCAAGCGUACAAUUUGGAGUUCUUGGAUCUAAGUGUAAACAAAAUCCAAACGAUAGAUAACAAUAUGUUUGUGAAUAAUGGGAAAUUGAAGCAUUUAAAUCUGAAUUUAAAUCCAGUGAAGCGGUUCAAUUUCGACAAUUUUUCACCAUUGGCAAAUUCAUUGGAGGUACAAAUUUCUUGGAAUCAAAUUGAAUCACUUAAUAUCAACUGCAGACAUCUAAAUCAUCAUUUCAAAAGUAUCAAUGAAGAAUAUACAUUUAAAAAUGUGCGAAUUUUCAAUGUUUCUGGUUGUCGAGGAGAAAAAUUCUUAGAAUUUUUAGACAAUCUAAAUGGAAAUGUUGAAAUUUUUGAUUUUUCAUACAAUUUUAUCGACAAGUUGAUGGCGGGUGUUUUCGAGCGAUUUACGAACUUAAAGGCACUACAUUUGAGUCAUAUGAAUUUAUCUAAUAUUGGGUUAGAUACAUUUUCUUAUCAAACUCGCUUAAAAUUACUAGACCUCUCAUACAACGGCUUGACGAAUGUGGGUCCGACAAUAUUUUCAAGGAAAUUUUUCCAUUUGGAACAUUUAAAUUUAGAAGGAAAUCAACUGAUCACCAUCGAUAGUGUCACUUCAAUCAAUUUCCCGAAUAUGAUUUGGUUGUCGAUUUCAAAAAAUCAAUUUUCGUGCAAAUAUUUGACAAGAUUUUUGGAUAAGUGGAAAAGUGUGGAGAAACUGCAACUCGCAGGCGAUCCAUCGCGAUAUCAAAUGAAUAUAGAAGGAAUCGAUUGCUAUUUUACUCAAAUUGGUUCAAAGCCUGAUGACAACUUGAAUGAAUUUGGUAAGAGCGAUAAAAAUUUGAAUCAGUUCCGCCAAAUUACGAACAAUGAAGAAUGUACCAACGAAAAAUUGCUGUUAAUAUGGACCUAUGGCAUCAUUGGAGCUUUGUUUUUUAUUGCCUUAUUCAACUUCAUCGCGAUCUUGUUUAUGUGCCGAAAGUCAAGAAGACGACGUUUAAAUGGGGAAAACCAUUUCACGGAUCAGAUUACAGCCGGACGAGAAAUAGAAAAACGGACAAAUAAAGGAAAAGCGAAGGAAAAAGAGAUAGAGAACAUAUAUGAAGAAAUUAACUUACAGUGUUCAAACUCGAACCAAAGCCAAUAUGAUGUUCCUCGAUUUACCACAAUGCAAAAAAGUUACUUAUAAACUUAUGAACUGUCCAUAUUUGCAAAAAUUAGUUUUAAGAGUUUCAAUUCUUUUGAUAUUAACAUAAAAUUGCCAAAUUUAGUGGUUUGGUUUAAUUUUAUAUUGUUGUCAAAGUUAUGGCUUCGAUAAAAGUAAUUUCUUUCUUUACUUACGACUUAAAAGUAGCUUUUUGAUAAAACGGAACAUUUGAAGAAAAAAAAACAGAAUCUGCUGUAAAAUUGUAUACAGUUGUUUGCUAAGAAAAUGUAUGUUUGGGUGAUGAAAUCAAGUAAGAUUGCUCAAUAAAAUUGUGGCCUCAUCAUACAUUAUAAACAAAGGAUCGAGUUUAUUGUUUUAAUUUAAAAAGUCUUCUUCGUUUGAUUAAAAUUGAUUCAUCAAAAAAUAUCGUUAUUACUUUGUGCGCAAAUGGAUGAAACUACAUUGAG